UUUGAUGUUUUUGUAUGAUUUGUUACCACCUAGUGGCCUUUCAUGAGAUGACACACUGUAGUUUUUAAAAUAUGAACACUGCUAUUGAUUUAUAUUCAAUAAAUAUAAUUGGAAAUUUGUUAUAGAGAUAAAAAUAUUUCAAGACAGCUCCAUUAUUAUCCACCAUUAGAGUCUUUAAAUCCAGGACAGAGAAUUAAAAACUGAUCAAUUCCUUGUAUACAGCAAUUAUUCCAAUUGACAGAUUUGGACAAUUUUGCUCUCUGUAAUGAUGACAUGUUUAAAAAAAUCAUUGUUACAUGCAUGUAAAAUAUUUCAGUCUUUGGUUUCCUCCAAAAGCCUGCGGGCUCAGAUGGUCAAUCCAGAAUUCAAUAAACUUACUCUCCUACUCUAGGCUGACGGUCGGUCCCAAAAGGUCACACUUAAACAGAUUUUAACUUAAAUAAGCAUUAAAGAAAGAACUCAUAUCAUGUACCUCACCGGAAAGCCUCAAUGAUUCGUAAAGCUUCAUUUGGCCACAAUGGGACAUUCUUUUAUAAUACUGGUUCAGGAAGCUUCAUUUUGCCAUUGGAAAGCACCAGCACAUUCUGUUCAUAUCAGGAAGAAAACCCUGCCCCUAAUUCUGCACAAUUUAAACAAGUGAUAGGAAGCAAGUGCCUGUAAAUGACAUGUCACAAAGCUUUUGAAUGACUCAUAAAGCUUUUAAAUGACAUAUAUUUGUUCUCGCAGAGAAUUUAAAAAGAGGAGCUUUAAAAAGCAACACGUUGGCUGGACCAGGACAGAAACAGAGUGCGAGUCUUGAUUCUCGGAUUGACACCCUCGGUGGAACCAGCAAGUUGUAAAAGAGAAUUCUCAAGGAUUUAGGGGAGGUGUUUGUGUUGUAAGAUGUCAUCAUCCAAGAAAGCCAUCCUGGACAAGGAAGAACUGGUUAACUCUGGUAGUGAUGAUGAUGAUGAUGAUGAUGACCACCAAUCAACAUCCGUGCAGGCCUUGGACACCUCGUGCUGCCCUGAGGAAAUGCGAAGGAAGAGGCACUUUCACUUUCUGUCGUGCGUGCUGUCUGCGGGCCUGUUCGUAACGCUCUUCACAGCCGCUGUCUUCUACUGGCAAACACAUCCGGGCGUUUGCCUGACAGAGACUUGCAUCAAUGUGGCCAGCGCCGUCAUGUCAGCACUAGACCGCUCGGUGGACCCCUGCCAGGACUUCUACACCUUUGCUUGCGGCAGCUGGAUGAAGAACAACCCUCUCGCCGAUGGCAAGUCCAACUGGAACCCUUUCAACACCCGGUGGCAGCACAACAUGCUCGUGAUGAAGCAACUAUUAGAGAACACGACGAUGAGCGGUCUGAGUCAAGCAGAGGAGAAGGCCCAGAGAUACUAUCAGGCCUGCAUGAACGAGACAAAGAUCAAGAAGCUGGGAGCGAAGCCAUUGCAGCAACUUAUCACACAGCUCGGAGGAUGGGACCUGACCGGACCGUGGGCCAAAGACAACUUCCAGAAAGUCCUACGCACGGUGUCCGCACGCCAGCUCGCUUUCCCGUUCUUCACCCUAUUGGUCUAUCCCGACUUCAAGUCCUCCCGGAACAACAUUUUUGUGGCUCAGUCCAGCCUGGGACUCUCGCAGAAAUUCUAUCUCAACAAAACAGCCUAUGGAAAUCAUCUGACAGUGUACCAGAACUUCCUCGUGAAAUUAGGGGUCCUUCUGGGUGGUUCUGUGAAGACGUCCCAGAAAAUUAUGAAGGAGAUUUUGGACUUUGAAACGGAACUGGCCAAUAUCACCGUACCCCUGAAGGGGAAAAAGGAUGAAAAGCCCGUCUACCACAAGAUGGAGGUCAAAGACUUGAAGAGUCUAGCCCCUGCAAUAGACUGGAUCCCUUACCUCAAUGAGGUCUUCGCUCCUGUGCCCAUCAAUGAGUCCGAGCCGGUGAUCGUCUCUGCCAAAGAGUACCUUCAGAACGUGUCGGACCUCAUAACAAACACCAAUAAGAGCAUUCUCAACAACUACAUGAUCAUGAAAGUAAUAAGGAACAUGAUUCCCAACUUGGACUGGAGGUUUCGGGAUACCGAGCAGCGCUUUCAACAGGUCAUGUACGGAAUUAAAAGCUGCACUCCUCGCUGGAAGCUGUGCGUCAGCGACACAGACUCGAGCCUUGGCUUCGCUCUGGGCGCCAUGUUUGUCAAGGCCACCUUCGCAGGGGACAGCAAGGACAUUGCCGAGGACAUGGUCAGCAACAUUAAAAGAGCAUUUGAGGACAGCCUGGAGCAUGUGAGCUGGAUGGAUGGUGACACAAAAAAAGCGGUAAAAGAGAAGGUCGAUGCAAUUUACGACAUGAUGGGCUAUCCGGAGUUCAUCAUGAACGACACCAAGCUGGACAAAGUGUACAAUGAUUUCAAGGUCAAGUCGGAUCUGUACUUCCAGAACGUCAUGCAGUACUAUAACUUCUCUGCCAGGGUGAUAGCCAACCUGCUUCGACAAGCGCCAACAAUAUUUCACACGGCCCCCGCAGACGUAGAGGCCUAUUACGACCGCAUUGGAAAUGGGAUUGUAUUGCAAGCAGGAAUCCUCCAGACGCCGUUCUACAACCACCACUGGCCCAAAUUUCUUAACUUUGGUGGAAUUGGGGUCAUCAUAGGGCAUGAACUGAUUCACGCUUUUGGCAAAAAAGCAAGGGAGUUCGACACAUACGGCAACCUGCGCUCUGCUUGGAAGAACUCAUCUGUGGAGGCCUACAAGAAUCAGACACAUUGCAUGGUGGAGCAGUACGGCAACUAUAGCAUCAAGCAGGAGACCCUGAAUGGUAGCCACACGCUGGAAGAGAACAUCGCCGACAACGGCGGACUGAAGGCUGCCUAUGAGGCUUACGUGAACUGGAUCGAAAGGAACGGUGAGGAACCGACACUGCCUGCGCUGGGAAUGACCAACCAUCAGCUGUUUUUUGUGGGAUUUGCACAGAUUUGGUGCACCGUGAACCAAUACUACUACAAUGUCAAAGACCCGCACAGCCCGCCCAGAUUCCGAGUCAUCGGGAGCGUCUCCAACUCGCAUGAGUUCUCCAAGCACUUUGGCUGCAAAGAAAACACGCCCAUGAACCCUAAACACAAGUGCAAUCUUUGGUAAUGGCUCUGUUAUUAUGUAAUUGAGCCUGUGACAGCAAAUUUGAUUACAGAUAGUGCAGAUAGGGGCAGAUUCAGUUAGAUGAAAAUGUAUAAGGGCUGACUAUUCGGACGGACAUUCCUUGAACCAUUACCAUUGUAAAUUAAUUGUCUGCAGCUAAGUUGAUAUUGCAAAUGAGAAUUGUCAAUUGCAUUACCAUGGUAAAUCAAGUGGUUUUAACUUUUAAAUCAGUGGUCGCCAAAGUACGGCCCGCGGGCCGGAUACGGCCCAUGGGACAGUUUAAUCCGGCCCGCCAACCCUGAACAAAUUGUAUUAAACUCUUUUUUUUGUCAUUUUGCCUGCAAUGACUGCGUUUCCCCAGUAGAUGGGGAAGCGGUCGCCUGCGCAUUUACUACCGGAAGCCGUGUCAGAAAGCUCGGUGCACACUCACAAGUGCGUGUACGUCCUCAGUAGUACGGACAUGGCGCACUCGCGCUCUAUUUGUAUCAGUCCCGAAUUUAGAGCGUGGACUGUGACGACAGCAUUCUUGUAAUUCGCGCGCUGAGCUUUCAGAUGCUGUUUUGCGCUAAAGCCACCCACAAACCUUUAAAAGUGAGUGGCCAAUUUGGCUCGACGUACGCGACGUGACGUUCAGUCACAUGAACGUCAACAUCAACCCGUCACAGAUCGAGGUAAACGGACCAACACCUCGGAUCUCGCCUAAGAAUUGCCACAACAAAUUUUACUCCAGACUAUGACGCACUAGCAAACUUUAACAAAAAAGACAGCGGUGUCUACAAGCCUACUGGAACCUACAAAAGGAUUAUAAGGAAGGAACACAAGAACUUUAAGAGACUGCUCAUAUGUGUCAGAGAGAUUCUGCUCUGACAACUGAGCUGAACUUUCAUCUGUUAAGAUUGUGCAUGGCACAACAGAAAGUUAAUGUUCCAUGGCUUUCAAGUUAUUUAGUUAUUAUUUAUUUCCUGUUUUUUUUCUGUGAAGAACUCAGAGAGGGUUAUUUAGUUAUUAUUUAUUUCAUUAAUAGUGUUAUUUGUUUCCUGACUUUUUUUCUGUAAAGAACCUGGAAAGGGUUAUUAAAUAACCGUUAUGUGUGGCUUUCUGGAAAACAAUAAUUUUUUUAAGCUCCCCUACGAUCGUCACACUUUUUCUGUUACAAACUGACACCGGCCCCCCAUCAGAGAAGGGAAACGUUAUGUGGCCCUCACAGGAAAAAGUUUGGGGACCCCUGUUUUAAAUGAUUGAAUUCUCUCCCUCCAACACACCGGAUUCUUUGAUCAGAGCUUGCCGAUAAGUUAUCGUCAGCAGGUAGAGGCUCCAGCUCACCUGUAACCCGAAAAGAAAAUGAUUUGGAAAUGAAUGUUUUAUAAUCAUUUUAAUAUACAAAAUAAUCUUACACAUACAUACAAGCUUACUCGGUACAACUGGUUUUGGUUGUGAGUGCCGUUCUAUUAUUUCUAUAUAUGCUUAAAUCAGUCCAAAUUCGGGUUUGUCAUUAUAAUACAAAAACAUUUUCCCCAAUAAAUGACACCUUGACCAUGUUGUACCUCCCUCCCAACAGUGCACCUUUUCCCUCAAUAUUUGUGUUGACAUUCAAUAUGGCUUUGAAAUCGUCUUUAAGUUGGCUUUCAUAUCUCAACACUCAACAUACCGGUCCUGAAUUCAGUGUCAUAUAAAAAUGUGACAUAGAUGAUAAAAUCCAGUGGUACCUUAGAAUACAAAAGAGAAUGAAAAUGCAAAUAAUCUAGGC